CUCAGAGGUUGCUACUCCCAGUCAUAUGUAGGUUCAGAUUUUUCCUUGACUUCUCACAGCCCUCCUUCUGCCCACUCGCAUGCAAGUCUGAAUCUGCCUGUCUUACUGCUCAUUUUUGCUCCCCUAGUUCUGACUUGAACUUUCUGUCUCAUACCUUCAUGGGAAGACCUGAGGAAUGCAAUGAGAGGAGAAAGACAAAGGAGAGAAUAAAGGUGGAAGAAGGAGGAGAAGAAGAAGGGGAAUCUGAAGAAGCUGCCACAGAACAUGGAGGUUCAACUGUACUGGUUGCUGCUUCUGCUCGACGUUUGUGGACGGAUAUCAGGUGUUUCCAUCAGCCCUUUUCUAAAACAUUAUGAAGGACUAUCAUACGACCGCAAUGAUCUGCACAACAAGCACCUCCGAGCUAAGAGAGCAUCAGAAGAGAGUGCUUAUGUGCUAAAACUGGACUUCACUGCUUAUCAAAGAACAUUUCGACUCCGUCUGAGACGCAACUCUGAGGCUUUUUCACCGGACUUCAAGGUGAUCAGUGGGAACACUUCCAAGUCAGCUGAUCUUUCCCACAUUUACUCAGGGGCUCUCGAGGGUGAAAAUGGUUCAGCCUGCCACGGAUCUGUGUUAGAAGGUCAGUUUGAGGGAACCAUCUAUACCGACGAAGGAGCAUAUCAUGUGGAACCACUGCAGAGGUACAUCAGCAGCCAGACAGACCACCACUCCAUCAUCUACCACGAGGAUGACUUGGCUCCGCCACCCACGCGAAAUGGGUCAGAUGAGUUUUGUGGCACGGAGCGUCUGAACCGUCUUGCCAAAACUCUCAAGUCUGAUGAGGAGGCAGCAACAAGCCGCUCCAGAAGAAACCUGGACGAGUCAAAGACCAGCUGCCUGCUUCAUAUCCACGCAGACCAUCUCUACUACAAGAAGUUUAAGUCAGUGGAAGCAGUGGUGGCCCAGGUUGCCUCCUAUAUACGAGCAGUGAACGACAUCUACGACAAAGUGGACUUUGAUGGAAUCAGACUGGUCAACUUCAAAGUUAAAUCUCUGCGUGUGGUGACUGAAGACGAUAAGAAAGAUCCUCUCAAUCCUCUCUACAUCGGGGCCGAAAAGCUGCUGAGUCUUUACUCCAGAAACAACUUUGGCAACUUUUGCCUGUCAUAUCUACUGACCAACCGAGACUACAGCGGCGUGCUGGGACUGGCCUGGGAGGGCAAACCUGGAAACUGGGGCGGAAUUUGUUCCAAAUACUCCAACUUCCGAAAUAACCAGUUGUCCACUUUGAACACGGGUCUGAUCACCAUCCAAAUCUACGGGCAGUUCAUACCUGCACGACAAGUCCAGCUGACCUUCGCCCACGAACUCGGCCACAGUCUGGGAGCUCCGCACGACGAGGGCUCCAACUGUGGGAACCUGGGCUCUGCCGGAGGUAAAGGCAGGUACCUGAUGUUUCCUCAAGCUGCGGACGAGGUGCGUGAGAACAACGACAAGUUCUCCCCCUGCAGCAUCAGUCAUAUCAGCCGCAUCCUCCACCUGAAGAAGGACGACUGCUUCGUAGUGAGCGAUCAGCCCAUCUGUGGAAACCACAUCGUAGAGGCGGGUGAGGAGUGCGACGUUGGACACAACGACUCGGAUCCAUGCUGUUUUAGUGCCAGACAUCCCAUGGGUAUCCAGUGUCACCUCAAGCCUGAUAAAGUCUGCAGCCCCAGUCAGGGCCUGUGCUGCACUCCGCAGUGUGAGUUCAAGGCCGCGAGUGAGAUUUGUGACGAGGAGGUGGACUGUCAGGAGGAGAGCUUGUGUUCCGGAGUGUCCUCGCUCUGCCCUCCGCCAAAUGCCAAGGAAAACCUCACUGUCUGCAGUCGCGGCACCCAAGUGUGCAUCAAUGGGGUCUGCUCGGAGUCUGUGUGCGUCAGACACGGCCUGCAGAAGUGCGACUGUCCUGGUGACUCCAUGAGGGAGAAAUGCCACAUGUGCUGCCAGCAGCCCGGUAACCACAUGACCCGUGCAUCUCCUGAGACAAAGGAAUCUCUUAACACCUCAUGUUCCUGCCCAUCAGCACCGGUCUACAUGUAUGCGCCGGGUUAUCACUGCGACACUGCAAAGGAAGGAAAAGAGCCACAUACGUUAGUUACGCCACUUCGGACAUCUUAUAUUUCAUGCUUUGGAGUGCCAAGAAAAGAGUUUUGGUAUUGUAUGAGGAAGUCUGGAGUGGCAGAGAAGUGUGUUGGAGUGGUGCAGGACAUGUAUGCCAGGUGUGAGACAGUGGUGAGGUGUGCUGCAAGUGUUACAGAGGAGUUCAAGGUGGAGGUGGGACUGCACCAAGGCUCAGCUCUGAGCCCCUUCCUCUUUGCCAGGGUGAUGGACAGGUUGACAGAUGAGGUUAAACAAGUUGAGGAAUGAUGUUUGAAGAUGGCAUUGUGAUCUGUGGUGAGAGCAGGGAGCAUGUGGAAGAUAAGCUAGAGAGUUGGAGGUUUGCCUUAGAAAGGUGAGGAAUGAAGGGAUUAGCUGCAGUAAAACAGAAUCCAUGUGUGCGAAUGAGAUAAACCCAAGUGGUCAGGUGAAGUUACAGGAUGCAGAGAUAAAGAAGGUGGGGUUUUGAAGUACUUACGCUCAACUGUCUAGGUCAAAGAAGUGAGAAAGCGGAUGCAGGCAGGAUGGAAUCAUUGGAGAAAAGUGUCAGGUGUGAUGUGUGACAAAAGGGUGUCAGCAAGGAUGAAAGGGAAGGUGUACAAAAGGGUGGUGAGGCCAGCAAUGUUGUAUGGUUUGGAAACAGAGGCACUGAGGAAAAGACAGGAGGCAGAGCUGGAGGUAGCAGAGAUGAAGAUGCUGAGCUUCUCUCUGGGAGUGAGCAGGAUGGAUAGGAUCAGGAAGCAGUAGAUCAGAGGGACAGCACAUGUGGUCAGGUGUUUAGGAGACAAAGUCAGAGAGGCUAGAUGGAGAUGGUUUGGACAUGUACAGAGGAGAGAGAGAGCCAGUACAUUGGUAGAUGAAGAUGUUGAGGGUGGAACUGCCAGGCAGAAGGUGGAGAGGAAGACCAAAGAGGAGAGUUAUGGAGGUGCUGAAGGAGGACACGUAGUUUGUAGGUUUGAGAGAAGAGGUGGCCACCACAUCGGCUGCUGUGGCCACCCCUGAAGGCAGAAGCCGAGAGAAGAAGAAGAAAAAAAAGAAGUCUAAUGUGUAGAACUUGAUCAAUAUUAAUACAUGGAACAGAUUUACUCAUUCAAAGACCUUCAACCAUCCCAAAAGUAGCAAUACCGUGAUGAGUGGCAUAAAUAACAGCCUCUUAGCUGAUAGCACAGAUGGUUUCCAUGGGAGCUCCAAAUAAUCCCUAUCACUUUAUACUACAGAUAAGCCUGACACGUGUGCCAGCACCACUUCCUCCGUACUGUCUCGCCAAUUCCAGAGGAAGUCUCUUCCUCUGGUGGGCGGAGCUCCAUGUUUCGGGAACCAAGGCUACUGCGACAAAUUCCAAGUUUGUCGUCUGCUGGAUGCAGAUGGU